AUGCAAAGACAUAAUAGAGAUCCUUUAUUAACAGAUAUGUUAUUCAAACAACAAGAGAAUUCGUAUACAUCUGGCGUUAAUUCUAAUAAAUCUAUUGAUGAAUUAAUUCAAUCAUUUACAGAUUCGUUUUUAAAUGAGGAUUUUGAAAGAUCUCUUGAAUAUAUUCUGCAAAUUAACACAAUUUUGUCUAAUUCUGGGCCUCAAACGUAUAAUUUUAACAUCAACCUCAUUUUAUUUGAAAUACUAACUAGAAUUUAUAAUGAUUCAAGUAACGAUACUGCGUCACAAGAAAUAGCUAAAAAUAUAUGGACUUUCUUGCAACUCUCAACAAAAGUCGGUGGUUUUCAUGAUAUAUUAUUGGAUAUAAACGUUUUCGAAGCGUUACUUUAUAUUGUAAAUGUUAAUGAUGAUUUCACAAUUGAAAAUAUCCUUAGAUUUUUUGGAAUAAUACUUCAAGACAAAAAAGGAUUUGAUGUAUUUGUUUCAUCUAAUAUUCUUAACAAGCUCAUCAAAUAUAUGCUUAAUUUAGAUAUUACUCAAAAUAAUACAAAUAUUCAUUGUGCUAUAUUGAAUUUUUUACACUUUCUUCAAGUUAUAUUAGUUACUCCAGAUGGUUCAUCAUUAUUAGAGAGCAUUUGCGAAUAUGUUUAUGAAAUUAUUCCUAUUUUAGUUCAAAAAUUAAGUGAUAAUUUAGACAUAUUUGGUAUUGCAUUAAAUAUUAUUUCGGAAUCUAUUAAAUACCCAGAGGGUGUAUCGAAUUUAUCAAAUUCAAAUAUUUUGACUUUAUUAAAUGAAUUAUUGAAUAAUCCGAAAGCAUCAUCUACAUGGAAACAAAUAAUUUCCAUUUACAUAAACUUAACUAGUAUAUUAUCCAGUAAUUCAGAAGAAUACCAAAAUUUAUUAAAAAUAAUUCCGAUAGAAAGAAUAAUUAAAAUUUAUAAUGAACAACCGUUUGAUCCCCAGGCUUCAUCGUGCCUUCAGCUUCUAAAUAAUCUAAUUGCUGACAAUAAAGAAAUGGCUCAAAUAGUAAAUCAAAUUCUGGUGCCAUAUUUCAUUAAUGUUUUCGAUGAAUACUCGUAUUCAAUGAAAUGUAAUGUAUCGCAAGUCUGCUUUGCCGCAUUUUAUCAAGGAGAAUUUAAUUUAUUUUUCAAUUUAUUGGAAAAUGGGGUUUUGGAAGGGUUUGUUGAUGUAGUUUCUAAUAGUUCUGAGCUUCAAAAGUAUUUUUGUAUGUCAAUGCUCAGAUUGAUCAAUUCCGCACCAAGUUCUGAGAUAAGAACAAGCUUAAUAGACAUAACAAGAAAUGUAUUUUCGGAGCUUCUUGAAAAUAUUUCUGAAUCAAGCGAAAUUGAAGAAGUUGAUUUACUUUUUGAGCUAAUAAACGAUAUCCAGUAA